AUGCCAUUUGGACUCGGUCAUGAAUUCGUUAUUCUUGUCUCCAGGAGUGCACUAUGGUCUUUUUUCGUCGACAUUAAGCUUCAGGAUGAGCACAAUAUACCCACUGAAGGACCCAUGAUUGUUGCAGCGACCCAUCACAAUAUGAUUGUCGAUCCAGCCGUACUUUCGGUGACCUUUCCAGACCAUCGACGCUUCCACUAUUGGGCCAAAGAUAGCAUGUUUAAGCAUCCUCUCGCCAAACGCUUUCUCGAGAAUUGUGGGGUUGUCCCAGUCGACCGCAAGACUAGAAACAAUGCUCAACUCUAUGCUGCUACAUACGAUGUCAUGCGUCUUGGUGAAUCCGUCGCUGUAUUUCCAGAAGGCACAAGUCAUACUUUACCACAUCUUGGAACAUUCAAAGAUGGUACAAGCUUUGCUGCACUCGAAUAUGCCAAAGUGAUUGAGGAGGAUCCCCACCCUAAUGCCGAUGGUUCUCUUCCACGAAAAGCUGUAAUUCUUCCUGUUGGUAUCGUUUAUCCCGAGAAAUCAAAGUAUCGCAGCGUUGCCAUCGUCAAAUACGGCAAGCCAUUGCACGUGGAUCCUUAUAUGGAUACCUAUUAUCAAGAUCCCAAAAAGGCAGCAAAGCAACUCACAGCCGAUUUACGUUCUGCAAUUGAAGGGCUUACGGUGAAUGCUCCUGAUUGGGAGAGUCGAGAUGCAGCAGAGAUGGCUCGAUGGUUGUUAUUUCCUGGAGAAAAUGGGUCGAUGCGCGAUUAUAUUUCCGUUACUCAAAGUCUUAUUGGAGCCUUUGCUGACCUUUCGACAUCGGAUCCAGACAUUGCAUUGUUGGAGCAAAGUUUGCGUGCAUACAAGAUGGAAUUGGAAGCUUUGUCUCUAAAGGAUUCUCAUAUUGCAAAGUACAAUGAGCGGGAUAUCACAGCAGCAUCUACUACGAUGGAAUUACUUCGGCGUACCAUGGCAUCGAUGAUUGAUCUACCUCUCUUUCUACCAGGCUUGGUGGGUCAUUUACCGUUGUAUGUGGCAGGUUACUAUGCAGGAAAGUUUGAGAUCUAUGAGGAAGUCAGGGCACAAAACAAGAUCUUUCUCGGCUUGUUAAUGGUUCCCUUUGUCUACAUUUUGGCCUUCAUUUGGGGAUGGUACACGCUCUUUGGAGGAACAUUCUUUGGAUUCUUUGCUGCAUUGGCUACCUUGGGCGUCUUUGUAUGGUAUCACGUGGUAUCCAUCGAUGAACGAUAUGAGAAUUUCAAGGAUCUCGUUGGACGCUGGCGUCUUUUUGAUGCGGUUGUACUUGGACGUGGCAUGUGGCGAAGAAAGGAUCGUAUUCUACAACUUAAGCAAUUACGUGAUUCCAACCUGCAAGGGGUUCGACGCAUGGUGAAAGCUUACAAGGGUAAAAAUGAUCAUGUACACGCAGUUUGGUUAGCCAUUCGUUCUCGUGUUAAGCAAUUUGGUGAUCCUGCAAAGUUACAUGGUAGACGAAAAAAGCUAGCAAAGCAGUUUGAGUGGUCAUUUGAAGAAUAA